AGAGGGCGGGGCGGGGAAGGCGGUGCCGGGCGGGCCGGUUCCGCCAUGGGCCUCUUCGGGAAGACCCCCGAGAAACCGCCCAAGGAGCUGGUCAACGAAUGGUCCCUGAAGAUAAGGAAGGAGAUGAGAGUCAUUGACAGACAGAUCAGAGAUAUUCAGAGAGAAGAGGAAAAGGUGAAGCGGUCGAUAAAGGAUGCUGCCAAAAAGGGGCAGAAGGAUGUGUGUGUGAUCUUGGCCAAGGAACUGAUCCGCUCUAGGAAGGCUGUAAGCAAACUCUAUGCCUCCAAAGCUCACAUGAACUCUGUUCUCAUGGGAAUGAAGAACCAGCUUGCUGUCCUCAGAGUAGCAGGUUCGUUGCAGAAGAGCACAGAAGUCAUGAAAGCUAUGCAGAGCUUAGUGAAAAUCCCUGAAAUCCAGGCGACCAUGAGAGAAUUGUCCAAAGAGAUGAUGAAGGCUGGUAUCAUAGAGGAGAUGCUAGAGGACACCUUUGAAAGCAUGGAGGAUGAGGAGGAAAUGGAGGAAGAAGCAGAGAUGGAAAUUGACAAAAUUCUGUUUGAAAUUACAGCUGGGGCCUUGGGUAAAGCACCUAGUAAAGUCACAGAUGCUCUUCCAGAGCCAGAAGCCAUGGGAGCAGCUGCUGCUGUUGACGAGGAGGAAGACAUUGAAGCAAUGCAGUCGCGGUUGGCUACCCUGCGUAGCUAAGGAGGAAAUGUACAGUCUGCCUUUUUUCUGCAAUGGGAUGUUCUAUCUUCAAAAUGCAAAACUUAAUAUGUGCAAAUAUUUUAUGUAAUAUAUAUUUUUUUCUGCCUGAGCCCUGUAUUCUCCAAGAAUCUACUGUAAUAUACACUUCUUCUCGGGGGCUGCAGUCUCAAGAGAUUAUUUUCCCCUUUUCAUUCAGCCUAUCUCGUGUGGGAGAUGAUGGUGAAAGGGCAAAGGUCGUGUAACAUUAUGUAUUUUUUAGAUACCAGGUCUUGAAUUCUUAGGGAAGGAUGCUCCUUGAAGCUAAUCAGCACUUUGGCUUAAUCAGCUACCAAAAACCUUCCCUGGUGUAAGGUCUUUGUUUUACUGACUCAAUCCAGAUUUUAUUAAAGCUGCUCUUAAACUGA